CGCUAGAGAAGAAACGGUUUGGCUCAGCCCUACAGCGACCGCUGCAUCAUCGGUUAUUGUACCUCUCGCGACACUUGCGCAACCACGCACACUCGUAGUCACCACAGCUCUACGCUUGGGCUAUGCAGUAGAUCUCAUUGCAUCCCUUGGGACGUCCUCAGCAUACCCGCAAAGUAGUCGAAGGGCAGAAGCCCCACGAUAUCAUGGGUGCUAUUCUGUCUCUCCCAAUCACUCUUCUAAAUUUCCUUCUACCUUUUACAAAGCCGGGCACGCCAAUUUUACAAGAUCUCAUCCAUACCGCAAUCCUCUGCGGAACGCUCUAUUAUGCCCCACAAAUCGCGGAAUGGUACAACACACAGCAGCCGGGACAUAACACAGGCAGCAUAGACCAGGAUGAAAUCCACGAUCAAGCACACGAGACGCAGCGAGUAGCCCCGCACGACACAGAAGAUGCACCCCCCGAAGCUCCGAUACAACAGAACCGCGACGCCUUCCAACCGCAAAUCGAAGACGAAGACGAGGCACCUGUCAUGCAGCCCGGCCCCGCCGACCAGCCACCGCCCCAACAACCCGCCGACUUUGGCCCAGCAGAAGGCGAAGCCGGCCCCGCAAACUUCAACGAGCGCCCGCGCGCGACCCCCGGGAAUCGCGCUGUCGGCGCUAAGAAAGCCAAAUCACUCGCUCGCAAAGACCAGCGGCGCGCAUACCACGAGUUUCAUCGGCAGGAGGCUGAGCUGCGCCGUCUGCAGGAGGCGGAGGGCAAGGAAGAGCGCGAGGCUGCGCUUGCAGCGGAGAAGGCACGCAGGGCGGCGGCUGAGGCGGAGAUUGUGGAGCGUGAGAAGAAGGAGAGAGAAGAGCAGAAGAGAGAGAGGGAGAGGGAGGCUGACGAGGAGGCUGAGAGGAGGGAACGGGUUGUGGACAUCGUCAGAGAGGAGGUCGAAGCGAGGGGCGCCGUGAACUUGGUGGAUAUUGCGUGGAAAGAAGGGAAGGAUCAGCUGUGGCUUGAGAGACUCGUGAGGGCGAGUGGGCUACUAGCGCAGCUGGGGGCAGACGGGGUGAAGAUCGUGAUAACGAGUCAAGGCUGGUUGGUCAAAGUUGACCAGGAGCUUUUGCAGCAGGCGCACGCGGAAGCAGAAAAGUAUGGUGACGAGCAUGAGGGGCAUGUGGGGUUUGAGGAUUUUGGGUCGAUGCUAGAGAGGGCUGUGCGGGCGAGGGGUGGAUUCUGAAAUCCGAAGGCCUAUAGGCUUAAAAGCAAGAUACACACGCAUAUAGAAUCAUGAGAUACGAAUCAAUUGUACAAACCGGCCA